CGUACAGGUUAUAACCAAUGACCAUAGAUAGUUAUGACAUUUAGUGUCAACGUCCUCCCAUAAUAAAUUUGUUUCGUAAUAAUUACGUAUUUAAAAAAAAUAUUUUAAUAAACAUGUACUCAUUAAGAAUAUUUUCAAAACCCGUUAAUGGUCUUGCAAGAUUUAGUAGUUCCUAUAACGCUACAAGACCAAAUCUAAAAUUAAAUGAGAAUACUAAAGUAAUUUGUCAAGGAUUUACUGGUAAACAAGGAACUUUUCAUUGUAAACAAGCUAUAGAAUAUGGCACUAAAAUUGUUGGUGGAGUAUCACCAAAAAAAGCUGGAACAAUUCAUCUCGAUUUACCAGUAUUCAAAACAGUAAAAGAAGAAGAUGCAACUGAGGCUACUGCUUCUGUUAUUUAUGUACCACCUCCAGGAGCCGCUGAUGCAAUUCUGGAAGCAAUUGAAGCUGAAAUGCCUCUAAUUGUUUGCAUAACAGAAGGUGUUCCACAACAUGACAUGGUUAAAGUAAAGCAUAGACUAUUAAGGCAAAACAAAAGCCGAUUGAUUGGUCCUAAUUGCCCUGGAAUUAUUGCACCUGAACUUUGCAAAAUUGGAAUUAUGCCUGGACAUGUUCACAAACGAGGAAAAAUUGGAAUUGUAUCUCGGUCUGGAACUUUGACAUAUGAGGCAGUAAAUCAAACAACCUUAGUUGGACUCGGCCAAACACUAUGUGUGGGAAUAGGUGGAGAUCCAUUUAAUGGUACUGAUUUUAUCGAUUGCUUAGAAGUCUUUUUAAAAGAUGACGAAACAAAGGGAAUCAUACUGAUAGGAGAGAUUGGUGGAGUUGCCGAAGAGAAUGCCGCAGAAUAUCUGAAAAUUCAUAACUCUGGUCAAAAGGCAAAACCUGUUGUAUCUUUCAUAGCUGGUUUGACAGCACCCCCAGGGCGAAGAAUGGGACAUGCUGGAGCUAUUAUAUCAGGAGGAAAAGGUGGUGCACAAGAUAAGAUAAAAGCUUUGCAAAGUGCGAAUGUGCUUGUCACCUCAAGUCCGGCGCAAAUGGGUACUACGCUAUUCAAGGAAAUGGAUCGAUUAAAAUUACUUUAACUCGAAAUAUUUAUCAUCUUUAUAUAUGUAAUGAAUCCUCUGUAUAAAUCAAAUUUUGUUCGUUGUUAAUUAUUUAUUUGUGAAAAGAUAUACACAUACACAAACACAUACACAUAUACAC